CAGAGACCAAAAAUUGGUAGGGCGCGUCUUCGUGGAUGAAACGAAAAUCAUCAAGUACCUUUGCUUUAAUAUUUCGUAAUUCUUUCAGAUUAUUGUCCAAAGAUUUAUGUAAGAAGUAACUGUGAAGUUUCCGAAGCACACGACUGCUGAUUCAGUUUACGCUUGACGUGUAAUGGCAGAAAGGAAAAAGCCCAAAAUCGCUUAAAAGGGCUUUUUUUCUGCACACAAAAUGGCGUCGAGACAGAGUACAGCACCGGACCCAAAAUCUAGACAAAGCGUGGUACCAGGCGCCGAGAAAUCUAGAAAAUUUACCAUAUCAGCCGGAGGUGACACCGGUCAUGAGAAGAAGGAGGAAAAAGAACCUAAAGAUAAAGAGCAUAAGGAUAAAGAUAAAGAUAAGGAUCAUAAAGAUAAGAAGAAGGAUGAUAAAUCCAAGAGGGUGCUCGUUGAAAUGGCUGAGGCGGAGGAUGAGAUCGUGAAGACACCUUCGCAGAUUGCGAGAGAGGAAGCAGAAUACCGCGCGCAACUCCGCAAGCAGCGCUUCAAGCGGCGAUGGCCGGAGAUCACCAAGGUGAAGAUCCGGACGAGGCCCUGGCACCCGCCACCGCCACCGCAGAGGAUGCCGGCUAUAACUAUAGACAUCCCCGAGAUGAAGUUCCGGCGUUGGGUGCCGCCGUACCGCCGCCGCCGGCGGCCGCGACCGAAGAGGCAGCGGAUCCCUCUCGAAGAGGUCACGCAGCCUUUGUACGAGUGUGCUAAGUUGAGGAAGAUCUGGCACAACUUCUGCCAAGUGGAGAAGAACAAGAUGAUCAUACAAGGGAGCAUCGCCUGCAACUCCAAGAAGUAUUCUUCUACUGCUUGCGGGUCUCAAACCGGCUGUAUAGCGGUCAUAUGCCGCGCUCUUCUGGAGGAGAAGACUCCAGCACAGUUGAAUAGACGGGACGUAGACGACAUCAUUCUGACCGGCGACCGGUACUACAAGCAGUGCUUGCUGGCUAUGAAGUGCUAUAAAGGGAAACCAGCCCUCCAACUUAACCAGCUCUUGACGUCGUUCUUCCUGCAUGACACUAAGUACACCGUCAAGAUGCUGGAGACAGACAAAGGACUGUUGGCGAAGCACCCGGACAAUAUACAAGCUGAGCCGGACUUGAUGUCAAUGAUGGAGAAGAGAGCCGGUACCACCUAUAUGACGAUUCUCUCUAUCGGAGGGACGAGGCAUUUUCUAAUGUGGGGACACCCGCCUCCGCCGGAGGCUGGGUCCCAGGUCAAGACCGUCUGCUACAUCUUUGACCCACACUCGCUGAAUCAGAACGGACAGCCGGACGCUUUGUGUGGUGCAGGAGCCUUCCUCAGAUACGCUGGAAUCACUUCGUUCGUGCUGGACUUCUUGGCAAACUACGGGGACUUGGAUUCUGCGAAGAAGGGCACGCCGAAACCUUACAUCACCCUCACUAAUAUUGAUGUGGUCCAAAAAGAACCGCUGAUCCGCGAACCCAACUACGAGCUUGACUUGAAAGCGCUCAAGAUCCACUGCAAGAGCGAGUGGGACAGCAUCAACAUUAACGCGCUUAUCGAAAAGAAGCUCAAGGAGGGCCAAUACCCGCAAUGUUCUCUGAGUGCUGUCAGUCUAGCCACAUCGAGGGCCACUUCAAGGAAGAAGGUCAGGGACUUCUACCAGAAGACUCCGAAGGAGCCUCCUCCUCAACUGCCAAUGGCUCCAGAGAGGGCCCCACCGGCUCCAACCCAAGAUCAGAUCAUGUCCAUGAGGGGUGAGGACUUCUUCCUCUAUUGCCCUCGGAGUGACGGACACAACUACGGCAGAGACGACAUGAUCCCCCGUCCGAAGUCGGAGACAGUCAUCCACAGUCCGGUGGAGAUCGCCAACAAGAACUACCACUCGCAGUUCCAACAGUUGGACGUGGAAAGGUGGAUCAUGAGGGCGACCAGGCACAUGGCUAGCUACAGGUACCAAACGUUCAAGUCAUACACCGGAGUAUCCUGCUGCGUGGCCGCACUAGCCAUGCUGCGUCGUCUGCGGGCACGGGCCUGGAAUGAAGAUACCCUGGACGAGACCUUAGACGUGGGGUAUAAUUUGUACAGGGAGUCCUUGGUGGAACGAGGUGGACCCAUCAGGAGGCUGGUCCUCGGUGAGCUGAAGGAGACCUUCAGGAUGAGAGACACGGAAUACAAGCAUAAGCUUCGUGGAAUAGCGGUGUGGGGAAAACUGGUAUCUGGAAACCCGAAGGUGUUGGAUCUGUGUAGAGGUCUGGAGAAUUUCUUCAAGGAGGCCGAUUCAGGCGUUUUGCAAAUCCCAGGGGAAUAUGAAGUGGCCAUCUGGAACGAAGGUGGCCGGUACUACAUCUACCACCCGUGGCCUGCCGACCGCUAUGGGUAUAGGGUGGGCCUCCGCGACGGCGGCAAAGCCUGCCUCAUGUACUUCACGCGUAUCAGCCGUCUCUGCGAACACUUUAUGGAGAGCGCUUCGGAUCUGAAGAGGAAGCCUUUCAGCAUCUCUGAUGUCAACGUGUUCGAACAGGGAGAGAUGCCCGACCCGAUGAAUAAGAUGAAGCCCGUAGCCCCUAACCGCUGGGUGGUCCGUGGCCACUUCCACGAAGGCGACGAGAGGUUCCCUGAAGAACACCGCAACAGGCAGGCCACGCCGGCGUCCAUCGCUGCUAUAGCCAUGGCGCAUAUCGUGGAGCCGGCCGCGUGGACCGCUGAUGAUAUUGAUGAGACCCUGAUCCGAGGCGACAUCCUCUACCAAAACACCAUGGAGCACCUCGAACGCAUGGGCAUCAGCUUGGAACCGCCGAAGACCGAAGAGGAGGCUGGCGAAGAAGAGGAACAAGCACCUUCGGGCACCCUGGCCGCUGCGGAUGUGCUGAACAGGUUCAAGAUAUCGGAGUAUGAUUGUAUCGAGACUGAGGUCAUGGACAGCGCUUUGAACGGUCAACUGAACCCAGAGCCGGGUUCAGGAGUGCUCUCCCUCAAGGAUUCCCUCAAGCAUCUUUUCAAGGAGUACACCCACGCCGUGGUGACCGCUCGUGGAGGCUCCACAGCGAUUUGGAGCAGCGACCAGCACUUGUACUUCUUCGACCCGCACGGCUGCGAUGAUAAUGGCGCCCCUUCAGACGAGCCACGCGCUGCCGCUUGCCUAGUCCGCAUCAAGGGCGGUGUAGACGAGCUCGCCAACGUGAUACUAGGCAACCUGGCGCCCGGAGCUGAUGACAGCUUUAACAUCUCGCCUGUGUGUAUAACGGCUAGCAAACUGAACGCUGAGUUGGGGGCACCGGAGACGAAACUUGAGAGCAAAGCCUUCGAGUGGAUCAGCAAGGGUACAGCCGCCAUCAUGAUGGGGCCACGCGGUGAGAACACCGCCAUCGGGAAGGCUGCGGAGAAAGUUGGGAUCGGGGAAGACGACAUGGCAGGCCGUACGAUCGCGUUGCCGGCGGCUGCGGCGUUCGCGGCUGCCGCCGAAUCGGUGCCGCCGCCUCAUAUGCAUCAGGACCACAUGUACAACUUCUUGGACGCUGGAGCGGACUACUACCUCCAGCACAAGAAGAAGACCGGCCGCAAGGAGAUCCUACCUGAAGACUUAACGGAGAAGUUUGAAAUGGGAGCCAACACCUUCUCCAUAGAGCUGGGGGAACCCAUCAAACUGCCAUUGAGGUUGCCCGACGAACCGGCUGGGGAGGGUGCUGAAGAAGAAACUGCUGAGAAAGAUGAAACUGGAGAGGAAUUGGAAGAAGAAGAAAAGGAAGAACCUAUGAAGCAGAUAAAAGACGCGCUUUUCAAGAUGUGGUAUGACCAGAGCAAGCCAAGUCACGUGUCGCUACUAGUCGGGGACUACCACCAGAUGGGAGUCUGGAUGGCGGUCGGCGGGAAGGUGGUGGCCUUCGACCCUGCCCCCACACUGGUCAAGGGCAUGCUGACGUCACAGAGGAUUAAGAAGGGUGACGAGAUCCGUCUCCAGCGCAUCAAGGAUGAGAUGGCUGGUGAAGGAGGCGGCGGCGGCGAGGAAGAAGGCGGGGAAGAAGCUGGCGCUGAGGGUGAAGAGAAACCAGAACCUGAGCCAGAAUUCGUCCCGCCAGAAUCCUGUCCUGCGCUAAUGGUGUUUGCAAGCCCUGCGGAGUUCAUUGACAAACUCACUCUCCAAGGCGGUCUAGACAAGAAGCAGUGCCUUGCCCCGUACAAGCUCUACCCAGUGAAGGUGAUCAACGAGCUGACAUCUGUCAUGAAGGAGAAGCGAACUCCCCCCGCUAAGGGGGAGGGGGAUGAAGGCGCCGGUGACGAAGAGGAAGCCGAAGUCCUAGUAGAUCCUCUCGAAGACGAAGCUAUAGGCAAGUACUUCACUCGCCUGGGACGCGCCACGGCGUCUCUACGAGGCAACGUGGCUCAGAACGAGAGCUACUUUAUGGAUAUGCCCAAUAGAAAUAACCAGGACGCAGCGAAUUCAAUAAUGGGCAUAGCGGUCGACCACAUCGAGCCGUACAUCUACUGGAAGCCAGAACUGAUUGACGCGAUCCUGAAGUAUGGCGACCGAUUGUACACGAUGUCGCUGUCUAAAGCCUCUAUACCGCCAAGAUUGCAGCCUUAUGAAGUGGAAAACCAGUUCCACGUCACUAGUUUUAACGUAAAGACAGAGAUAGAAUCUAACGCGGUGAUGGGUGACAUCAAGGCAGGCGAGACUGGUGGCGUUUUGAACCUGAGGCGUGGUUUGAAUAAGUUUUUUGAAACCUACAAACACGGAGUCCUCUGCGCCAAAGACUACUGCGUUGGGGUCUGGAAGGCGGCGGACGACAAGUCCUUCUGCUUAUGGGACCCGCACUCUGUGGGGCCCAAUGGACGGACGUCCCCCGGUGGCGCGGCGGCCAUAGUUCUGUUUUCAACUGUUGAAGAGUUGGCUGAAACGUUUAAAGCUAAUGUGGAGGGACUGGGCAGAGCUGGCUCUAACAAGUACGGCAUAACAGCAGUCAAGGUGUUCUGGGAGAUAUCCAAACUUCCCGGCGCGGUGACUCCUCAAGGAGCCGUCCCUGAUGAAGGAUAUGAGUGGAAGGUCCUCACUGCUUACGUGGAGACGGCGCGAGGGAGGACCAUACUGAGAGGGACACGCCCUCCUGAUCUUGUCAAGUUCACCCGUGACGCGCUACUGCAGUCGUCGUGCGGCGCGAUCGUGGCCGCGUGCAUGUCGCACGUGCGUCGGCCGCACCUGUGGACCAGAAACACCGUCGACGAGGUGAUGGCAGUGGCUUGUCAGUUGUUCUCCGCUUCGCUCGGCUCGCUUGGUUACGAGUUCCGUCCUGGAGAAGACGUUUUACUACCGCUUCAGGUGCUAAAACGCUUCGUUCUCGGCGUGAACUACGUUCGAUACGACUUGGAGCAGGUGUUCUCGGGCAAGUUGGAGCAGAAGGAGCCUACUGCUUUGACCGUGAGAUGUGCGCUAGAGCGGUUCUUCGAGGCGCAUACCCACGGUAUCUUAUGGUCAGUGCCGCACGCGGUGGCCGUAUGGCGAGUGGCCGGCUCGCCCGCGUAUUACAUGAUGGAGCCACACGCUUGCGGCCCUACGGGUCUAAGGAUCGAUGCUCAGGAUGAUGGAGCCGCUUGCGUGUUGACUUUCACUUCGCCGAAAUUGAUGGCUUUCGCCUACCUCCAAAACGUGCCAGUAACAGAGCGUCCCAAGCACGAAUUCCAGCUAUACGCCAUGUCGGUGGUCGUCCAGCCCAUCAAGAAGUUGGGAGGAGUAGACCCGCCGCUGGUGCGAGCACCGCCGGGAGUCAAACUGGUGCCCGCUACGAGCAAGGUGGGCAUAGACGGCAGCAAGCGGCGCGCGUCCGAACGCGACCGCAAGCAUCCGCCCGGCAGCGCGACCUGUCUCGACGCACAGCGCGCAGCUGAGAAACUGGAUAAAGAGCAGAAUAAGCUCAAAGGGCAACGCAACACGAGCGGCUGGCUGGUGCUCAACGACGGUACUCAGUUCCUGUCUGCUCAACACUCGAUGGCCUGCCGAAAGUUCCCGUACGCGUCCCGUGGGAACCAGGCGCUACCAUGCGCUGUGAUGGCGGUGGCGAUGUCUCGCGUGGAGGACGUCUGCCGCUGGUGCUCGUCUACCCUCGACCAGAUUCUGGAGAGCGGGGACCAGCUCUACCAGGACAGCUACUUGCAUUACAAGCCUUCGUCCAAGAUACUGUCCAUACAACAGAUCCUGCGCAAAUUCUAUACCCCAGGCAACUGCGUGUGCCGUGUGGUGGUAUUCAAGGCGCGGCAACAAGGAGUCGUCGAUAUGGACUUGUUGACACAGGUGUUCGAGUACGAAGCAGUAGUGCGGGAUGCCGUGGACGUGCACUACCCGUGCGCCGAGAUGCAGUGCUCGCACAAGAUCUCGUGCGUGUCCUGGAACGCGUACCACAAGAACGUGCUCGCCUCCUCCGACUACGAGGGAACCGUCUCCGUGUGGGACGCGGCCACCGGCACGCGCACGCGCGCGCUACAGGAGCACGACAAGCGCUGNUCGAUGCGCGGCUACUACAUGUUCGACCCGGCGGACCGCGACCGCUACGGACGGGCGGUGGCCCCGCCCUGUUGGGGGCGGGCGAGGGCUUGCUUCUCGCAGUAUCCUAAUGUACAAACCCUGGCUGAGAAGUUGGGCCCUAACAUCCCACCGGUGGUGAAGACUGAAGAAGAAGAUGACUCCAAGAAGGUGACGGUUAUUGCAGAUAAGUCCAAAGGAGAAAGAUCUGAUUCAAAGGUUGCGGAAAAAGAGGUGCACUUUGAAGAACCAGCUGGCUUCGCCAUCUACGGAAUGGAUGUCACCAGCUUGCGUAGACUGAACCAGCAUGAGAGAUAGACAGAGACAGAAUCACUACACUUUUGUGUUGUCCCUUUUCAUCGCUACAGAAAAAAGAAAGAUGGAGAUUGUAUCGUGCGCUGCUUUCACUUUUGAAGAGAAAUAGAAAUGGAAUAUCACUGUCCUUUUUACUUGUAAAGAAAACAGAGAAACAGAAAAAUACUUGACAGUCUUUGAAGUCUUUUAGUGGCAUCACUUUCACACAUUUUUUGCGACAGUUUGUCUUUUUUACUCACACUAUAU